UUAGACGAAAAGUUGACUUAUGAAGAGGACAACAACAACGACCCAGUUAAAUCCCACAAGAGUAGGGAAGGGCCAAGAAGAAAUGGGUUCAUUGUAUGGGAUCAAACAAUUCUCAAUGGAAUGAAGAAAUGGGUUCAUCAAAUGCACAUGAAGAUAAGAUCUUUGUUGCCAUAAGGUUGAGGCCUCUGAACCAGAGAGAACUCUCCCUGAAUGAUGUCUCACAUUGGGAAUGCAUCAACAACAACACCAUCUUAUAUAACAACAACAACAAUCUCGGCGAACGUUCUUUGCUUCCCACUGCAUAUCAAUUUGGUAUAGACAGGGUAUUUGGGUGGGAUUGCUCCACAUUGCAAGUUUAUGAAGAAGCUGCUAAAAGGGUAGCUCUCACAGUCCUAACUGGAAUUAACUCAAGCGUCUUUGCCUACGGCCAGACAAGCAGUGGAAAGACACAUACAAUGUCUGGGAUUACUGAGUUCGCCAUGGCUGAUAUCUUUAACCACAUAAAAAAGCACCAAGAAAGGCAAUAUAAACUCAAGUUCUCUGCUAUGGAGAUCUAUAAUGAGUCAGUCAGGGACCUCCUCAGCUCGGACAGUACGCCACUAAGGCUUCUAGAUGAUCCAGAGGUUAAUAUUUUGAGUCAUGGAAGUUUGGAGAUUGAUUUCACAAAGCAUUAAUUUUCGUAUGACAUUUCUAUCUGCAGAAAGGAACAGUUGUUGAGAGACUUACGGAGGUGAUAGUGAGAGAUUUGGUACAUGUAAAGGAACUUUUGUCCAUCUGUGAAGGUAAGAGAGCUCUUGCAACAUCGUGUGACAUGUCUCAUUCAUGGGUUGGGCCCACUGCACCGAGUACGAGGGACCCCCAAAGAUCACCCUUCACUCUUGCAUAUAUAGUUAAAGCAUAACUGUUUAACAU